UAGCCAGUAGUUAUUCGACUCUGAACAAUAGCCGGUCAACUCAUCGACUGUCUUACCAUCACAAUGAGUUAUUUAACAUCACUCGUGCUUCUGUUUACACUGUGUUGUGUUAAGGCGGAAGAGGAGAGUUUUUUGCCCGAAUAUAUUCACCCUUGCACGUUAGCUGACGAAGAUUUUGAAAUAUGUGUCAAAGAACAAAUAGAACAGAGUCUACCAUCAUUUGCCAAGGGUAUUCCUGAAUUAUCAGUGCCUUCCAUAGAUCCUGUAGAUUUGCACGACAUUGUUAUAGAUGGGAAGGGAUUGAAACUAAAUUUUAGCGAUGCAAAAAUGCAUGGUCUCUCCGAAGUAAAGCUGGUUGACCUCAAGGCACAGUUGGGUGGUGAUAACGAAUCUUUCGCUCUCGCAGUGAAAGGGAAUUUGAGUUUAACCGCCCAAUAUUAUGCAGAUGGUAGAAUCUUAAUUCUGCCCAUAAAAGGAGAAGGUGAUGCACUUAUCGAAUGCAGAAACGUCGAAGUUUACAUCAGCACCAAUUUGACUCACGUGAAGGGCAAGGAUGACAAAGAACAUUUGAAGUUAUUGGCACCGAGCUAUAAAUAUGACAUCGAGUCCACGACUUUUGAUUUGAAAAACUUGUUCAAUGGUAACAAGCAAUUAGCGGAAACAACACUGGAAUUCGCUAACAAAAACUGGAGUCAACUUAUGGAUGAAUUGGCCCCUCCCGCCAUAAAGCAGAUUGUGAAAACCAUAGUCAAAGCCAUCAACAAGUUCCUAUCAAAAGUCACUAUUCCUCGCAUCAUCAUUGGCUACAAAGAGAGACUAUGAGAUAUUUAUUUUCUAAGAUAAAUAAUGCGAUCUCCAUAAUAUUAGCGAUAUCAAAUUCCUCUAAUUUUUACCUAUAAUAGUAAUUAAUUACGAUGUAUUUAACUUCAUUUUUUUAAUUGCAAAUAAUGUAAUUUUUAUGCGUAUUUAUGUAUUUAUGAUGACAUU